AUGGACGGCAAGGAGAACAGACGGCGAGGAGAACAGACGGCGGUGCAGACGGCGAGGGGAACAGACGGCGGCGCAGACGACGAGGAGAACAGAUGGCGAGGGGAACAGGCAGCAGCGCACACGGCGAGGAGAUCAGACGGCGGCGCAGACGACGGCAAGGAGAACAGACGGCGAGGAGAACAGACGGCGGUGCAGAUGGCGAGGGGAACAGACGGCGGCGCAGACGACGAGGAGAACAGAUGGCGAGGGGAACAGGCAGCAGCGCACACGGCGAGGAGAUCAGACGGCGGCGCAGACGACGGCGAGGAGAACAGGCAGCGGCGCAGACGGCGAGGAGAACAGGCAGCGGCGCAGACGGUGAGGGGAACAGGCAGCGGUGCAGACGGCGAGGAGAACAUGCAGCGGCGCAGACGGCGAGGAGAACAGGCAGCGGUGCAGACGGCGAGGAGAACAGGCAGCGGCACAGACGGCGAGGGGAACAGGCAGCGGCGCAGACGGCGAGGAGAACAGGCAGCGGCGCAGACGGCGAGGAGAACAGACAGCGGCGUAGACGGCGAGGAGAACAGGGUCGCAGACGGCGAGGGCGACAGGCAGCAGCACAGACGGCGAGGGGAACAGGCAAGGGCGCAGACGGAGAGGGGAACAGGCAGCGGCGCAGACGGCGAGGGGAACAGACAGUGGCGCAGACGGCAAGGAGAACAGGCAGCGGCGCAGACGGUGAGGAGAACAGGCAGCGGCACAGACGGCGAGGAGAACAGGCAGCGGCCCAGACGGCGAGGAGAACAGGCAGGGGCGCAGACGGCGAGGAGAACAGGCAGCGGCGCAGACGGUGAGGGGAACAGGCAGCGGUGCAGACGGCGAGGAGAACAUGCAGCGGCGCAGACGGCGAGGAGAACAGGCAGCGGUGCAGACGGCGAGGAGAACAGGCAGCGGCACAGACGGCGAGGGGAACAGGCAGCGGCACAGACGGCGAGGAGAACAGGCAGCAGCGCAGACGGCGAGGAGAACAGGCAGCGGCGCAGACGGCGAGGAGAACAGGCAGCGGUGCAGACGGCGAGGAGAACAGACAGCGGCGCAGACGGUGAGGGGAACAGGCAGCGGCGCAGACGGCGAGGGGAACAGGCAGCGGCGCAGACGGCGAGGAGAACAUGCAGCGGCGCAGACGGCGAGGAGAACAGGCAGCGGUGCAGACGGCGAGGAGAACAGACAGCGGCGCAGACGGCGAGGGGAACAGGCAAGGGCGCAGACGGUGAUGAGAACAGGCAGCGGUGCAGACGGCGAGGGGAACAGGCAGCGGCACAGACGGCGAGGGGAACAGGCAGGGUCGCAGACGGCGAGGGCGACAGGCAGCAGCACAGACGGCGAGGGGAACAGGCAAGGGCGCAGACGGCGAGGGGAACAGGCAGCGGCGCAGACGGCGAGGGGAACAGGCAGCAGCACAGACGGCGAGAAGAACAGGCAGCGGCGCAGACGGUGAGGAGAACAGGCAGCGGCACAGACGGCGAGGAGAACAGGCAGCGGCCCAGACGGCGAGGAGAACAGGAAGCGACGCAGACAGCGAGGGGAACAGGCAGCGGCGCAGACGGCGAGGAGAACAGGCAGCGGCGCAGACGGCGAGGGGAACAGGCAGCGGCACAGACGGCGAGAAGAACAGGCAGCGGCGCAGACGGCGAGGGGAACAGGCAGCGGCGCAGACGGCGAGGGGAACAGGCAGCGGCCCAGACGGCGAGGGGAACAGGCAGCAGCACAGACGGCGAGGGGAACAGGCAGCGGCGCAGACGGCGAGGAGAACCGGCAGCGGCGCAGACGGCGAGGGGAACAGGCAGUGGCACAGACGGCGAGGGGAACAGGCAGCGGCACAGACGGCGAGGGGAACAGGCAGCGGCGCAGACGGCGAGGAGAACAGGCAGCGGCACAGACGGCGAGGAGAACAGGCAGCGGCGCAGACGGCGAGGAGAACAGGCAGUGGCACAGACGGCGAGGAGAACAGGCAGCGGCACAGACGGCGAGGGGAACAGGCAGCGGCACAGACGGCGAGGGGAACAGGCAGCGGCACAGACGGCGAGGGGAACAGACAGCGGCGCAGACGGCGAGGAGAACAGGCAGCGGCGCAGACGGCGAGGAGAACAGGCAGCGGCGCAGACGGCGAGGAGAACAGGCAGCGGCGCAGACGGCGAGGAGAACAGGCAGCGGCACAGACGGCGAGGGGAACAGGCAGCGGCACAGACGGCGAGGGGAACAGACAGCGGCGCAGACGGCGAGGAGAACAGGCAGCGGCGCAGACGGCGAGGAGAACAGGCAGCGGCGCAGACGGCGAGGAGAACAGGCAGCGGCGCAGACGGCGAGGAGAACAUGCAGCGGCGCAGACGGCGAGGGGAACAGACAGCGGCGCAGACGGCGAGGAGAACAGGCUGCGGCGCAGACGGCGAGGAGAACAGGCCAGGCAGCGGCGCAGACGGCGAGGAGAACAUGCAGCGGCGCAGACGGCGAGGAGAACAGGCAGCGGCACAGACGGCGAGGGGAACAUGCAGCGGCGCAGACGGCGAGGAGAACAGGCAGCGGCGCAGACGGCGAGGAGAACAGGCAGCGGCACAGACGGCGAGGAGAACAGGCAGCGGCGCAGACGGCGAGGAGAACAGGCAGCGGCGCAGACGGCGAGGAGAACAGGCAGCGGCGCAGACGGCGAGGAGAACAGGCAGCGGCGCAGACGGCGAGGAGAACAGGCCAGGCAGCGGCGCAGACGGCGAGGAGAACAGGCAGUGGCACAGACGGCGAGGAGAACAGGCCAGGCAGCGGCGCAGACGGCGAGGGGAACAGGCAGCGGCACAGACGGCGAGGGGAACAGACAGCGGCGCAGACGGCGAGGAGAACAGGCAGCGGCGCAGACGGCGAGGAGAACAGGCAGCGGCGCAGACGGCGAGGAGAACAUGCAGCGGCGCAGACGGCGAGGGGAACAGACAGCGGCGCAGACGGCGAGGAGAACAGGCAGCGGCGCAGACGGCGAGGAGAACAGGCCAGGCAGCGGCGCAGACGGCGAGGAGAACAGGCAGCGGCGCAGACGGCGAGGAGAACAGGCAGCGGCGCAGACGGCGAGGAGAACAGGCAGCGGCGCAGACGGCGAGGAGAACAUGCAGCGGCGCAGACGGCGAGGAGAACAGGCAGCGGCGCAGACGGCGAGGGGAACAGACAGCGGCGCAGACGGCGAGGGGAACAGAUAGCGGCGCAGACGGCGAGGAGAACAGGCAGCGGCGCAGACGGCGAGGAGAACAGGCCAGGCAGCGGCGCAGACGGCGAGAACAGGCAGCGGCGCAGACGGCGAGGAGAACAUGCAGCGGCGCAGACGGCGAGGGGAACAGACAGCGGCGCAGACGGCGAGGGAACAGACAGCGGCGCAGACGGCGAGGAGAACAGGCAGCGGCGCAGACGGCGAGGAGAACAGGCCAGGCAGCGGCGCAGACGGCGAGGAGAACAUGCAGCGGCGCAGACGGCGAGGAGAACAGGCAGCGGCACAGACGGCGAGGGGAACAUGCAGCGGCGCAGACGGCGAGAACAGACAGCGGCGCAGACGGCGAGCCGUGCUCUAGGCACCUUACACCUCCGGGCGGCGGGCAGAAGCGCACGUAA